AUGCAGCUGGGUGACCUAAAGCAGGCAAAAGACUUUCAGGAGCGAGCCCUGGAUAUUCAAGUGAAAAAGCUCGGACCUGAGCAUGUUUAUGUCGCAGCGUCUUAUAAUAGCCUGGGCCUUGUCUACGGGAAGCUGGGUGACCUAAAGAAGGCAAAAGACUUUCAGGAGCGAGCCAUGGAUGUUCGGCUGAAAAAGCUCGGACCUGAGCAUGCUGAUGUCGCAGAAUCUUAUAAUAACCUGGGCCUUGUCUACGAGCAGCUGGGUGACCUAAAGCUGGCAAAAGACUUUCACGAGCGAGCCUUGGAUGUUUCGCUGAAAAAGCUCGGACCCGAGCAUGUUCAUGUCGCAACAUCUUAUAAUAACCUGGGCUUUGUCCACAGGCAGCUGGGUGACCUAAGGCGGGCAAAAGACUUUCACAAGCGAGACCUGGAUGUUUUGCUGAAAAAGCUCGGACCUGAGCAUGUUGAUGUCGCAACAUCUUAUAAUAGCCUGGGCCUUGUCUACGGGCAGCUGGGUGACCUAAAGCAGGCAAAAGACUUUCACGAGCGGGCCUUGGAUGUUCGGCUGAAAAAGCUUGGACCUGACCAUUUUCAUGUCGCAACGUCUUACGAUAACCUGGGCAUUAUACACAGGCAGCUAGGUGACCUAAAUCAGGCAAAAGACUGUCACAAGCAAGGCCUGGAUGUUCGCCUGAAAACGCUCGGACCUGAGCAU